CAUACAUACUAUAGACAGCCAGCUCUGUUGAUCGCUUCGUGGAGUAUACGAUCUAUUGCAAAUUGUUGACUAAAAGGUCAAAGCUAUUUCUACGAGAAAAUUGUGGAUAGAGCAGACAACAUGCCCCCGACGCCCCUCACAGUCCAAUACAAGGAGAUCGACGGUAGCAGAAUCGACACAGAUGUCUAUCUCCCACCACUAGCAGCCUCUGACAACGGACAGCCGAGAGAUUAUCCUGUGUUAAUCGACAUCCAUGGCGGCUCGUUCAUGCUGGGCCAUUCCAAAAUGGUCUGCAUGCCCCAGGUAGACGAUUGCCUGGCCCGCGGCUGGAUCGUGGUCAGUCCCAACCACCGACUUUGUCCGCAGGUGAACAUCCUCGAGGGUCCGAUGGCAGACUGCCGGGAUCUUUUGGCAUGGAUCUACGACGGCCACCUCGAUGCAUUUCUUGCCGGGGAGUCAGCCGCGCAUUUGCAUGGAUCGCAGUACCGCGUCGAUAAGGACCGAGUCAUGGCUUUUGGGACAUCGUCCGGAGGCACAUUGGCGUUGUCACUGGGAUGGGACGUCCCGCGCCGAGUAGCAGCGAUCCUCGACUUCUACGCCCCGGCCUACCUCACCCACAUGUUCUGGACGCAACCGCUUCCCGAGGUAGCCAGCAAGCUGCCGCCUCUCGACCCCGCGUUCCUCAACCGGAUCUACGACGAGAAGCCCGUGCCUACGAACAGCUCGAUCUCCCUCGAAGGGCAGACCGAGGUUGGCGUCGUGCCGGGCCCGGACUUCAGCCGCCCGCGCGACGGGUUCGCGCUCACGCAGGUCGCCAACGGGUCGGUCAUCCAGGCGUGCUAUCCCGGUCGGGAUGUCAAAGAGAUCGACCCGGUCCACCACGUCGAUGCGCAGUUCCCGCCAACCUGUAUUGUGCACGGUGGGGCGGAUACGAAGGUCACCAUCGAGGUGAGUCGGGAGUUGUUCCGGGUGCUGAAGGAGCAGGGGGUGCGGUGUGAGAUGAUUGAGGUGCCCGGGGAGGACCACACGUUUGCGAUGAGUAUGAAGGUGGGGUCUCCGACGUGGGAGUUGCAGAGACGGGGGUUUGAUUUCCUGGAGCGUGUGAUUGCUUCUCGGUGAUGGUCUUCUGUGUGAUUAUAGGAUUAAGUGAAUGCGUCAUGUCUCUUCGAUUUGUAUCGAGCAUAAGAGACGAAAGUG